AGCAGUUUUUUGCACGCAUUGAAAUAGUUCUAUAAAGAACGCAAUUAUGUAAAUAACAGAGUAAUUUAAAGCAUUCCUGAUAUUUCAAACUUUAAAAGCUGCACAGGGUGACAAAGUGCAAAAUGGAUUAAUCAACACACUUAACUCAUGAUGUAAUAAGAAAAAAGCAAAUUCAAAGAAGUCCGAAUAUAAGAAAAGCAAUCAUUAAAAAUGUGAAGAACAACAACAAGAAACAAAGGAACGAAAGAAACACGAAGUCGUAAUCUUUACCUUUGUAAGAUGUGAAGAAAGUAGCCGAGAACUCGAAAACUGAUUGUUGAAAAUAAAAAAAAAUAAAAAAAAACAUGGGAAACGCUGAACAACUGAGAUAAAUAUGCCGGCAAAAACCGGAUCGAGUGCUCAGUGUGUCGCUGGCUGAGAAAAGUGACGGAUCACGGAACGGAACGGAGCGGAUUAAUUUGAAAUAGAGCGCAGCUAACGAAUCUAAAGUGAAUCAACACAUAUUGCCGGGGAAAUUCAGCGUGUCGAGAAAUCAAUAUCCAUAGAAAACAAUGGAGUUCCUGCAUUACGCCUAUGGGAAAAUGUUUGGAACCGCCGACUCGAUCGAUGGCAUGCAAGUUGUUAAUCUCACUCCUCGCAAAGUGGUUUGCUUUGGCAAUGUGCUUCUAGAUCGAAUUGUGCAGCUGGAGAAUCCAGAGCUGCUCGAGCGUUACCAACUGGAGUUGGGCUCCAAGGGGGAAAUCGAUCUGGAUACACUGAACAAAAUCGUCACAGAGGCAGCCAAUGGCUCCAGCUGUCUGUCCAAGCCGGGAGGUUCGGCUCUGAACACGGUGCGCAUACUGAAGCAUUUGGGCACGGAUGCACAGUUCUUCGGUGCCAUUGGCAAUGACAAGAAUGGGGAGCAUCUGAGAUCCAUUAUCGAGGAGCGGGGCAUUGAGGCGCGAUUGCAGAUCAUUGAGGAUGUGCACACGGGUCAGUGUGUCUGUCUCAUGAACAACGACAAUCCCACGUUGUAUGCCAACAUUGGUGCCUCGGCCAAGUUCUCGGUGCAACAGCUAACACAGGUCGCCACACACAGGACGCAAAGUUUCCUGCGUCCCAUCGAGCGCAAACAGAUCAUCUACAUCGAAGGCUUCUUUGUGCCACAUCGCACGGAGGUGCUCGACUAUAUUCUGCGGGAUCUGCUGCGAGAUCGUCGUCAUCUGGCCCUGAAUCUCAGUGCGCCCUACAUUGUGCGACAGAACACUCAGAUGAUGCUGAAGUUGGCCAGUCGUGCCAUGUUCCUAUUCGGCAAUCGACAGGAGUUCGAGGAACUCGCCAAGGCAGCUGGUUGCCAGGACGUGGAUCAGCUGGGACGUCAGCUGUUGGAGGUUGGCAGUGCGAAAAUCAUACUCAUCACAAACGGUGCCAAUGGCGUACAGCUGAUAACCAACUAUGUGGACGAGCUGUCGCCAGCGGGUGAGCUGCGAAUCGAGGAUUAUCGAGCACAGCGUGUGGAUCAGUUGGUGGAUGCCACAGGAGCUGGUGACUCCUUUGUGGCUGGCUUUCUGCAUGGCUGGCUGGCCAAACGAUCGGUGGCCGAGUGUGUACGUUUGGCCAGCACUGUGGCCGCCAAGGUCGUCACCCAGAUGGGCUGUAAUCUGCCUUAGUUGCCUUGCGUUCAAUCGCUCAAUCAAUCAAUCGUUCAAUCGAUCAAUCGACUUUCCAUUGACUUUGGGAUGCAGGCCAAACCAAAAUCAUGACGAGCGUGUGAUUAAUCUCAGCAACACCUAUUUACAAUUUAAGCUAAACGUUUGUUAUAUUUAUAACUUUACAAACACACACACUCACACGCAUACACAUACACACACAUAAAUAUGGGUAUGUUCUCAGUUCCUUAUAAAGCAACUCAGUUAAUGAGCAAUACGGCACAGUAAUAAAACAAUCUCUAAAGAAAUC